AUGCUUCGCCGCCUCCAUACAUCAACCCGGGCCCUAGCAGAGCUUCGUUCAAAUCCCGACUAUCGACUCAAAUGUGGCCUUGAAAUUCAUACGCAAUUGCAGACAAAGCAUAAGCUUUUCUCGCUCAGCCCAACCAGUAUUAACGCUUGGCCAAACAGCAAUGUGUCCUACUUUGAUGCUGGUCUUCCAGGGACUCAACCGAAACUUAACCCUGAAGCUAUACUCCUAGCGUUGAAGACUGCUGUAGCUUUGAAUUGCGAGAUUCAAUCCCAUAGUUGCUUCGACCGUAAGCACUAUUUUUAUCCAGAUCAGCCAUUGGGAUACCAGAUUACACAACAUUACCAUCCCAUCGCUAAACGGGGCAAGUUGGAGUUGAACAAGCAGUUUGAUGAAGUCCAAAUUCCCAAAACAAUUCGCAUAGAGCAAAUUCAGAUUGAACAGGAUACGGGUAAGACCACUCAUGAUGAUUUCGAUCACACAAUCAAUAUCGAUCUCAACCGGGCCAAUACUCCCUUGAUUGAACUUGUUACGAAGCCUGACUUUGAUACUGUUGAUCAGGUGAAAGCGUUCGUGAAGAAGUUUCAACUGUUAGUAAGACAUAUAGGUGUCUGCACGGGUGAUCUUGAGACUGGAGCUAUCCGUGUCGAUGUGAACGUGAGUGUCAAUGGGUAUCCCCGAGUUGAGAUCAAAAAUUUGAACAGUCAUUCCGAAAUUCUGCAGUCCAUUAUGCACGAAUAUUGGCGCCAAGUUGAGCUUAUAAAGCAAGACAAAUCAGAAGAAUUACAACAAGAAACACGCGGCUGGGAUGGUGAAAAGACUAUAUUACUUCGAAAAAAAGAAAGUUCUGUAGAUUAUCGUUAUUUCCCAGACUCUGAACUCCCGCAUGUUAUCCUCGACCCCACAAUCGGUGACCAGAUCAGAGCCACACUUCCUGAAUUACCCGAGGAGCUCUUGAGAAAACUAACUAGUAUGCCUUACAAUUUGGAGCUAAGAUAUGCAAGACAUCUUGUCGAGCAUCCCUACAUCAUGAAGUUCUAUUUUGAUCUUUUCGAUAAGAUGAACAACACUAAAAUGGUUAAUAACUGGGUUACACAAGAGUUACCGGCUGCAUUCUCCAAGAUGAAUGAACAGUGGGACUUCAAUAUUGUGAGUGUUGACAGAGUCGUGGAAAUUAUGCAGUUGGUAGCUUCGAAAAAGCUUUCCUUGACCUCAGCUCGCCAUUUGAUAUACAACAUGAUAAAACACAAAAACGAAGGUUCCAUUGGUGAGUUAAUUGUUAAGUAUGAUUUGGCACCUCCCAGUGAGCUGGUAUCAUCAGAGGAAAUCAACGAGGCAAUCAAUGAAAUCUGUGAAGAGAUUGUCAACGCUAAUGAAGAUGUUGUGGCUAAAAUACGGCGGGGGCAAACAAAGCUGAUGAAAUAUCUUGUUGGACUUGCGAUGAAAGAAACACAAGGGAAAAUACCCGCUAAAGAUUUUGAGAAUAAAUUCAAAAUGUUGAUUGUUUAA